AUGCAAAAAGUAUACUUAUAUACCUAAUUUAUGAACAAUUAAAAACCUGGGGUAUUUACUAUUGAAAAUGUAACUCAUUAAGUCUCAUUUAUUUAUAGAUUGUAUGUCGGUCAAAGUUUCAAUUAUAAGAAUUUCCCAGGAAGAAUACAAAAUCUUUCAUUAUGUGGUGGAAAUAACUGUUAUUAAGAAAAUGUUGAAAAAAUUUAGAAAAUCAUAAGUUUAAAUCCUGCUAAAGAAAUUGUCAUUCCCUAAAAGAACUUUUUAGUUGUCGAAAGUUAAGAAUUCAAUGUUGAUGAUGAUAAAAAAGUCCCUGUUUAUAAAAGAUUCGAAAAUGAAUACAAUGGAGUUUAAGAAUUCUCAAUUUCUGGUUGGUUUAGAAUUAAUAGAGGUUCCAAUAGAGCUGCAUGGUCUACUGGUUAUCACUUCAAUGAUAACACCACUCCUUAAGAUUUUGCUUAACCUGGUGACAGAACUCUCGCUUUCUUCAUAAUUAAUAAUAUUUUGCAUUUCUGUACUUAUGAUUUAACUUCUAAAAAUAACAAUAUUAACAAAAAUAUUGAUUUCAAUAAUGAUAAUGAAGGAUAAUGGCUUUAUAUUUAACAUAGUUACAGUGAUAUGCUUUAUAAAGCUUAUGUCCAUACACAAUUUGCUGGAUAAUAACCUAAAGUUUUGAAUUUCGACUCUAUUACUCAUAGAACUUCUACUCUUUUCCACUUAUGGGUUGGUUAAAGUUUCAAUUAUAGAAAUUUCCCAGGAAGAAUCGUCGGUUUGAACUUAUGUGGAGGAAAUGGAUGUUACAGAGAACUUGGAUUAGAAAAAGCCUGGGAAAAUGCUCCUGCUGAUAUUGUUAUACAGAGACAAGAAGUAUAGAUUGUUACUGAAAAAGAUUACGAUUAUAAUGGUGCUGCUUCUCCCGUCUAUUAGAAAUUCGAAAAUAAGUUCCCAGGAAAUUAAGAAUUCGCUAUUACAACAUGGAUUAAAAUUACUCCUAACCUAGCUAGACCCACAUGGGCUACAGGUUAUCAUUUCAACUCUAAUGUUGUUCCUACUGAUUUCGCUAAACUAGGGGAUAGAACUUUAGCUUUCUUUAUUAUUAAUAAUAUACUUCAUUUCCCUACUUAUGAUGUCAAAACUAAUAAUCCUAAUGUUAACUAAAAUAUUAAUAUUUAAGAAUUUAAUGUAGGAUCAUGGGCUUUAAUCUAUCAUGGAUAUACAGAUAAAGGAAGCAAAGCUUUCGUUUAUACUCAAUUCCAAAACAGAGAACCUGAUGUUUUAAGAUUUAAUAAUAUUUAUCAUAAAGAUGCUUUCUUUUAUCAUUUAUGGGUUGGAUAAAGUUUCGCUUAUAAAAACUUCCCUGGUAGAAUUAACAACUUGAGAUUAUGUGGUGGUUCUGGAUGUUAUAGAGAGUAAGGUUUCGAAAAUGAUUGGGCUAAAUCACCUGUUCCUCCAUUAUUACCUAAGUAAGAAUUUUCAAUAUUAGAUGAUAAAGAUUUCGAUUUCAAUGGACCUGCUACUCCAGUUUAUUAAAAAUUCGAAAAUAAAUUUAACGGAGUUUAAGAAUUCUCAAUCACAUGUUGGAUUAAGAUUGCACCUAAUGUAGCUAGAACAGUAUGGACUUCAGGUUAUCAUUUCAACUCUAAUUAAUAACCUGCCGAUUUGGAAAAACAUGGAGAUAGAACUUUAUCUUUCUUUGUCAUCAAUAAUACUCUUCACUUCCCUACUUAUGACUUAGCAACUAAUAAUAUUAAUCUAUAUAAAAAUAUUGACUUUACAAAUGCAUAAGUUGGAGUUUGGGCUUUAGUAUAUCAUGCUUAUACUAAUAACGGAAAUAAAGCUUUCGUUUUUAACUAAUUCUACAAUAGCAAACCUUCUACUUUGAAUUUCCCUAAUGUCAUUCAUAGAGAUUCUAAUAUCUAUCAUUUAUGGGUUGGAUAAAGUUUCGCUUAUAAAAACUUCCCCGGUAGAAUUAACAACUUGAGAUUAUGUGGUGGUAUUGGAUGUUAUAGAGAGUUAGGGUUCGAAAAUGAUUGGAUAAAUCUCCUGUUCCUCCAGUAUACCUAAAUAAGAAAUUUAAAUAUUUAGAUGAUAAAAUUUUCGAUUUCAAUGGACCUGCUACUCCAGUUUAUUAAAAAUUCGAAAAUAAAUUUAACGGAGUUUAAGAAUUUUCAAUCACAUGUUGGAUUAAGAUUGCACCUAAUGUAGCUAGAACAUGUAUGGACUUCAGGUUAUCAUUUCAACUCUAAUGAAUAACCUGCUGAUGUGGAAAAGCAUGGAGAUAGAACUUUAUCUUUCUUCAUCAUAAAUAAUAUGCUUCACUUCCCGACUUAUGAUUUAGCAACUAAUAAUAUAAAUCUUUAUAAAAAUAUUGACUUUACUGAUCUAUAAGUUGGAGUUUGGGCUUUAGUAUAUCAUGCUUAUACUAAUAACGGAAAUAAGGCUUUCGUAUAUAAUUAAUUCUAAAAUAACAAACCUUCUAUUUUGAAUUUCCCUAAUGUAAUUCAUUAAGAUUCUAAAAUAUAUCAUUUAUGGGUCGGAUAAAGUUUUGCUUAUAAAAACUUCCCUGGUAGAAUUAACAACUUGAGAUUAUGUGGUGGUUCUGGAUGUUAUAGAGAGUAAGGUUUUGAAAGUGAUUGGGCUAAAUCUCCUGUUCCUCCAGUUAUUCCUAAAUAAGAAUUUUCAAUAUUAGAUGAUAAAGAUUUUGAUUUCAAUGGACCUGCUACUCCAGUUUAUUAAAAAUUCGAAAAUAAAUUUAACGGAGUUUAAGAAUUCUCAAUCACAUGUUGGAUUAAGAUUGCACCCAAUGUAGCUAGAACAUUAUGGACUUCAGGUUAUCAUUUCAACUCUAAUGAAUAACCUGCUGAUAUGGAAAAGCUUGGAGAUAGAACAUUAUCUUUCUUCAUCAUAAAUAAUAUGCUUCACUUCCCUACUUAUGACUUAGCAACUAAUAAUAUAAAUCUCUAUUAAAAUAUCGACUUUACUGAUGCAUAAGUUGGAGUUUGGGCUUUAGUAUAUCAUGCUUAUACUAAUAACGGCAAUAAGGCUUUCGUCUUUAACCAAUUUAAUAAUAGCAAACCUUCAAUUUUGAAUUUCCCUAAUGUUGUUCAUUAAGUUUCUAAAAUAUAUCAUUUAUGGGUCGGAUAAAGUUUUGCUUAUAAAAACUUCCCUGGUAGAAUUAACAACUUGAGAUUAUGUGGUGGUUCAGGAUGUUAUAGAGAAUAAGGUUUGAAAAUGAAUUGA